AUGGGUUACGAAGACUCCGUGUACCUGGCCAAGCUGGCCGAGCAGGCCGAGCGUUAUGAGGAGAUGGUUGAGAACAUGAAGGCCGUUGCCUCUGCGGACCAGGAACUCUCCGUCGAGGAGCGAAAUCUCCUUUCCGUUGCCUACAAGAACGUCAUCGGUGCUCGCCGCGCGUCCUGGAGAAUCGUCACCUCGAUCGAGCAGAAGGAGGAGUCCAAGGGCAACGAGGCCCAGGUCAACCUUAUCAAGGAGUACCGCCAGAAGAUCGAGGCCGAGCUGGCCAAGAUCUGCGAGGACAUUCUCGAGUGCCUUGACGGACACCUCAUCCCCUCUGCUGAGAGCGGCGAGUCCAAGGUCUUCUACCACAAGAUGAAGGGUGACUACCACCGCUACCUUGCCGAGUUUGCCGUUGGCGACAAGCGCAAGACCUCUGCCGACAAGUCUCUUGAGGCCUACAAGGCCGCCACCGAGGUCGCUGCCUCCAGCCUUGCCCCCACCCACCCCAUCCGCCUCGGACUUGCCCUGAACUUCUCCGUCUUCUACUACGAGAUCCUCAACUCGCCCGACCAGGCUUGCCAAUUGGCCAAGCAGGCUUUCGACGAUGCCAUUGCUGAGCUCGACACCCUGUCUGAGGAGAGCUACAAGGACUCUACCCUCAUCAUGCAGCUCCUCAGGGACAACCUGACCCUCUGGACAUCUUCCGAGGCCGAGCCCUCUGGUGACGCACCCGCCGCCGAGCCUGCCACCGACGCGCCCAAGGCUGAGAGCAGUGAGGCCCCCGCCGAGCCCAAGGCAUAA